AAUUUAUUAUAAUCUAUUUUUAUUAUUACAAUUUAUAUUUAUAAACAAAGUGGAAGAUAUUUUAUCGCACAUGAUAUUGAUUUACGAGCUGUUACACAUUUUUUGAUUUUUUAAAGAAAUAACGUUUUUGGUAAUUUAUUAUAAGUCGACAAUUUUCAUGACGUGCUUGAUAUAAGAGGAACAUAAAUUACAUUAAGUUGACAUGAGCCAGUAUCAAAUACUAUACAUUACUUCUUCCUGCUCGUUUCAUGAUAAUAUGAGACGAGUCUAAAUAUGGAUUUUAAACGAGUUAGUACACGCAGUGAUAAAUUUUAUUAUUUUCGAGGAUCUUGAGUGCCUCGACUCGAAUAUGCGUAGCGAAGGUAGGCAUUUUUGUGUCAAAUGUAACAGCGCGUUAGUCAGUUGCUGUACUAUAACGUUACCUUCCAUGAUUUUCUCCUGUAGACGACUGGCAGAUGAAGAUGACGAGCUGUCGGAGGUGCAGCCUGAUGCGGUACCACCGGAAGUGCGCGAGUGGCUGGCAUCGACUUUUACUAGGCAACUCGCCACUACUAGACGGAAAGCUGAUGAGAAACCGAAAUUCCGAUCGGUCGCCCACGCUAUUAGGGCGGGUAUAUUCGUCGAUCGAAUCUAUAGAAGGGUCACGAAUACCGCUCUCAUGCAAUUUCCGCCGGAAGUAGUGAAAGUACUUAAGACUUUAGACGAUUGGUCGUUCGAUGUAUUUUCCUUGAAUGAGGCCGCUCUAGGCACACCAGUAAAAUACUUGGGCUAUGACCUCCUCAAUCGAUAUGGUAUGAUUCACAAGUUUAAAGUACCUCCCGCAGUUUUGGAAUGCUUCCUCGGAAGAGUCGAAGAGGGUUAUUGCAGGCAUCGAAAUCCAUACCACAACAACCUACAUGCUGCUGAUGUUGCGCAAACGAUGCAUUACAUCCUAUGUCAAACAGGUUUGAUGAAUUGGCUGACCGAUCUUGAGAUUUUCGCCACUCUCGUGGCAGCGAUUAUUCAUGAUUAUGAGCAUACUGGGACCACAAACAAUUUCCACGUAAUGUCUGGUAGUGAUACAGCGCUUCUAUAUAACGACCGAGCUGUGCGAAAUCAUCACAUCUCGGCCAGCUUUCGGAUACUCAGAGAAGAUGAUUGUAAUAUACUACAGAAUUUGUCGAGAGAGGAAUUUCGAGAAUUUCGAUCGCUCGUGAUUGAUAUGGUUCUUGCCACCGACAUGAGCUUUCACUUUCAACAGUUAAAAAAUAUGAAAAAUUUACUAAGUUUGGCAGAACCAAGUGUGGAUAAAAACAAAGCCGUUAGUUUAGUCCUCCAUUGUUGCGAUAUUUCGCAUCCUGCCAAAAGGUGGAAUCUUCAUCAUAGGUGAGUCUUUUUACUUAGAGAAAAUGUUAAGGAAUGUUUGUGCGCUCUUUAAUUUUAAAUGACACAUAAUUUAUUGUUAUUACAAAAACAAAAAAAAUA